ACCCUUUCUGCACCUCCUCCUGUCUGUUAUGAAAACUGUGAAAUAGAUGCCAUUCCUUUCUCAAAUCAAACAAUGACUGAUUUGUUGGACCAUGAUGCGAGUAUCAUUAUAGCCUGUAACAUUGGCUACUCUACUGGUAUGGGUAUUGUAACAGAGCUCAUGUGUGAUAACGGGACCCUUUCUGCACCUGUUCCAAUCUGUUAUGAAAACUGUGACGUAGAUGCAAUUCCUUUCUCAAAUCAAACAACAUCUGAUUCUUUGGACCAUGAUGCAAGACUUGUUGUAGCCUGUAACAUUGGCUACUCUACUGGUAUGGGUACUCUAACAGAGCUCAUGUGUGAUAACGGGACCCUUUCUGCACCUGUUCCUAUCUGUUAUGUAGAAACUACACCAACUGAUCCAACGACUGAAGAAACCACAUCACCUGACACAACAACAGAAGAAACUACACCAGUUACAACCACUGUAGAAACUACACCAACUGAUCCAACGACUGAAGAAACCACAUCACCUGACACAACAACAGAAAAAACUACACCAGUUAUUACCACAGGAGAGCGAAGUUUCGUGUGCAAGCUGCUAGACUUCGUCAGGCAAUGA